UGGCCUUUAGCCUUUUACCUUACUUCUUUGACUGCUAUAAAUUGCAAGUUUAAUGUCCAAAAGAAUGACACUUUCAUUAUUAGCCAGUUAACAAAUUAACUAUAAGAAUGGAAAUCAUCAGAAUCAUCUCUACUCUACUCAUUUGUUUCUCAUUAUUCACGUUAUCUUCAUUUUCAUCUGCUGCUCCACUGUUAGAUCACGAAAUGAAGAUGACUCUCUCUUCAAGUUCUAGGAAGAUGAAGCUCAAUGAACAGCCAAAUGUGAAAAGUAAGGGAGAUCAAAAGCAUUUGGUCCCAUUCAACACUGCAAACCAAGUUUCAUUACCAGGUAAAGAACAUGAGCAAGAUCAAGCUGCAAUCAUGGUUCAUGCAAGAAAAGGGACAAGACAAGAAUGGGUUGAAGGGAAAGACACUUCUGAUUUCUUUACAAUGGAUUAUCAUUGGGUUAGAAGACGACGUCCUAUACAUAACAAGUCAAUUCGCCCAUGAAACUCAAGAUCCUUAAUUUAGGUUUUAUUUUAACUUGAUUAGUUUACUAUUAUUAUAUAGUGAUUCCCAAAAUAUAUAUAUUAGUAGAAAAAUAUAGUUGUUGGGAAUACAAUUUUGACUAAUUAGGAAAAUGAAGUGUAUGUUUUGUUGUAAUUAGGAGUUUAUAAGAAUAUGAGGAUUAUGUCGUGUUGUACCUUUGUUUAUGGCCGACAUUAAACCCUAACUUUUGCUACUAACAAGAAACCUCUACCUUAGUUCCAAGGGGACAAAUUUUGUUUAUUUAUUAGUGUA